GGCGGUGCCAGGCGCGAGGGCGCGUGCACGAGCAAGAGCACGAGCGGCGGCGCGCGGGGUCGGGGUGCUAGCUGGCUGCUUGUCGGAGGGCCGUCGCCGCCAAGUUCCGCGGGGAGCAGCCGCUCUCCGCUGACCGGUCGGCAGCAUGGAUCUCUCCUUCAUGGCCGCGCAGAUCCCUGUUAUGACAGGUGCCUUCAUGGAUUCACCCAUCGACGAAUGCAAUGCCGAGUUCUCUCUCUUUAAUUCCUCAACCAAUGUGAAUGAUGCACCCUCAGCUCCAAAUCAGCUCGAGGAACCAACUCCACCCUCCAAUGAUGCCAUCUGGUUAUGGAUUGCAAUUAUAGCCACCAUUGGUAAUGUUGUGGUGGUUGGUGUUGUAUAUGCCUUCACAUUCUAGGCUAACCAGACAACCUGUGUUACAUGUGCACAGAGCAAGAACAACAGAGCAGUAGGAUUAAGCAUUUAUACUGAAUCAUGUUAGUCACUGUGCACAUUGGGCAACUUACUGUGUGGAAACGACGAACUGGGCCCGACAAGACGAAAAUGUGCACACUCAAAAGCCCACACAAAAGCCUUCCACACAUAGGGGGCCCAGUUGAUCUAUCGGCUGAACGCGCACUUGUCACAUUCGUGCAAUUAAUCCGAUACAAUUCAUCCUGGGGCAACUGUUCUCGCACCAGCCUGCCUCCAGGUUUGAGGAACACAGCCGGCUUCUAACAUGCCCCUUUCUUCAGCCUGCAUGCUCUAAUGGUGAUCUCAGCCAUGUGAUACACAUGUGCCUGGUCCCAGCCCCCGACAAUCAACAAACCUCAGCCUCUUUAAUUUCACAUCUCCAGGGAGCCGGUGUUGAUUAUCGGAUUAGCUGUGGUCUGCUAUCUUUCAACAACGAAGCCCUUAUAUAAAGAACAACAUGUUCAUCUAUUGAGAGACCCUCUUCUGAGGGAAUUCACAGUGCAGUGUUAAUCUCUCAAAUAUUCAACACAUUCCGACAGUACCGAUUAGACUCUGCUACAGGGUUACUUUUGAAAUACAAUAGCUUUUAUUAACGACAAAUCAACCUUACCCAGGGAAAAGAAGGACGUUGGAAAUCAGAUUCAAAGUGCCACUUGGUUUUUAUUGAGGCUGUCUUCAAUCCCACCUCAUGGGUGAUUUGUAGGCUGCCUGUGGACAAUGAGAUAUAACGAAGUCAAGUUUUAAAUACUGUACCAAAAAAAGUUUAGGAGUUGAGGAAGGGCUUCUAACUUUUGGGGAGUUUAGAUUUAUGUACCUGAAUCUCUUUGUAAACAGCAAGUAUACUUUCACACUGGUGAGAUUGGGUGGGAGUUGCUUUGCUUCUAAAAGCUGUUUGGCUUUGUGUCUGAGGUUUGGGCUUGUGUUCAAAGAGAUGGUGAAGCAGGGGUGCUGGAGGACCAUAGUUACAUAAGACAAAGGAGCAGAAUUUGGCCAUCUGGAGGAGCAAUAAGUUACUCUUCCACUAGGGUUCUCUCCAUUCCCCUCUCAGACAUCUGCAAAAGAUUGAGAGGAUCUCGAUGCCAGAAUUUCAUAAAUCAAAUGGCCGGUAGGAACAAAUAUGAAGCUCCAACUACGGUCCUGUGUGGAAUCACUCCAUCAUUGCUGUAAGUACAAAUAUACUGAUGCAGUUUAACAAUUAAUUCAGUGAUUAAACAACCCAAUAGGACAAAAUGGCGUGGAAGUGGAUCUUGAGCAAAUGCACAAGUUGGGCAAAUACGAAUCAGGAGCUUGGUUACAACUGGCCACAGAAAUUAAUGAAAACUAAUACCCAUCUUCUUGGGGAGUCUCUCAGGGUUGUAGACAACUCGUCUCCAUUCCAGUUUUAUAGGUUCUGAGGGGAACAGAGCUGUAAGGUGUGCAGAAAAAUCCACAGAUCUGCUGCUGAUGGAGCAGGUAUGCUUGAUGAGGUGGGCUGUUUAGGAGGUACUGUUUUUUGCUUCGCCUCCUUGCACUUCCACUUUAGAGACUGAAGGUCCUCUGUGCCUUCCUGGAUGUUCUUUCUCCAGUUGGAAUGAUUUUAGGCCAGGAAUUCACAUAAGUCAGUGAAAGUGUUAUACCUUUUUUCAAGAAGCUUUGAGAAUAUCCUUGAAGGAUUUUUGUCAUCCUCCCUGAAGACUCUUUGACAAUGUGGGAUUCAGGAGUGCUUGUUUUAGGAGUCAGGUUAACGUGGUGUGUGGGUGGGAGCUGGCUGACUAACAGGAGCUUCAGCACUGGAAACGGCUUGGGAGAAGAUUUUGAAAUCAGCUCGCUUAUUUUACCAAUGGGUGUGGAGGAUUCCUUCUAUUGGUGGUACCCCUCCAGUGUUCUGACCUGUUUGUACUGUGCUACACAGAGAGGCUAGGGGUCAGUGGUGCCUGGUAGAGCUUCAUGCCAGGUUUGAGGACUUGUUCAUUGAAUGCUGUUCCUCAGGUGGCUGAAAUCUGAGCUGGCUCAUUAAAACUGAGUGAUUUUCAUUACUGAUGCCUGACUGACUUCACUGGCUCCAAAGAAACAGAGUAUGAUCAGCUUUCCUGAGAUUUGUUAUCUUUAAAUCUUCACUGGCUCCUGAGAAACAGGGUGUAAUCAGUUCUCUGGGAUUUAUUGUGGAAACAAUCAUUAUAUUGGUGGAAAACAAGGUUUUUUUUUGUUCUGUCUAUUUUACAAUCCUCACUUCCUGCCAGCUCAAACCAUAAUUUCAUUUGCAUUUGGCAAUCCAGUUAAUUAUUUUCAUUUAAUAUUCUGAUGUGCUGUGGUGUCAGGAUUUGAACUGGACACUGAAUCAUUAAUUCAGGAUGCAGGAAGCUAAUCUACUCAUCUACUGGGUCCUAUGGUAGGCAGAGACUGGAGACAUAAUAUUGGUUUGAGACAAUACCCUGAUCCAUAAGGGAAUAGGAUAGUGAUUAAGGCUGCUUUCAGAGUGUUGCUCUUCGGUCAGUGGGCAAUGUCCCCAUUCUGAGUCGGACGUCAUGAGAUCUGCGUGGAAGAUCUAAGUCAAUACUCCACCUUCAGGACUGAGGUACCAUGUAUCUAUUACUUCAGCCUCUAUCCAUUACCUUGUUUGGCUGUAAGAAAGCUGUCACUACCCAUUUGAUUCUUCCUGCUGACCGAGAAGAUAAACAGGAGUGUGAGAUAGUGAGUUGGUUACUUGCAUCUCGUUCUCACUUGACACAUUGUGAUCUCUUUGGAGAGGAUGUGCUUUAAAGCAAAGAGGUUUGCGGUCAACUGCUCUGCCCUGUCAAUAACUGACAUCUACUAAAAGCCUGGAGUGACAGUGGGUAAAUGUUAGCAUUGAUUUAGAGAUGCAGCACAGUAUUAGGCCAUUCCAGCCCAACGAGCCAUGCCGCACAAUUACAACCAUGUGUUCAAUUCACCUGCUAACCCACCUCUUUGGAAUGUGAAAGGAAAGAUCGGCACAACAUCAUGGGCAGAAGGGCCUGUACCGUGCUGUGCUGUACUGUUCUAUGUUCUAUGAAACUGGAGCACCCAGAGGAAACCCACACUACCACGGGGAGAAUGUACAAGCGCCAUACUGACUGUGGCAGGAAUAGAACCCAGGUCGCUGGCAUUGUAAUAGCAUUACACUAAUCAUUAUUACACCGUUCAGAAUAAGUUUGUGAAAUUUAUUAUGUAAUGUAACCUUAUGUGUGUAUACCAAUAUUUAUUUUAUCACUGUAAAAUAUUAGUUGGAAAGUGUAUUUACCUUCUUGGUUUGCUGUUUGAGAGAAUUCUUCAGUGUUCAGCCAGGUUGCUAGGCAUUGGGAACCUUUGGAACUGCCACCUGACAGCUACCAGAAUAUGACAUAGGGAAGAUUCAAGCUACAGGAAUUACUGGAUCACUGGGGCUGCUUCUUCUGAGGUCAGUAUCGAACACAGUGUAGUCACUGGCUGCAAAGUCCAAGGCAGUGUCGGUAACUUGCAUGUGUUAUGGUUUAGAUAUUGGCACAGGACAUUGCUGUUAGAAAUACUGUUCUGGGAUAUGGACACCCUUCCCCAGUACUCCCAGCAGUGAAGAAUUCCCUCAGUAUUGCCCCUCAGGCCCUAAGACAGGUGAUCCCUCAGUACUGUUACCCCAGCAGCGACGUGUUCCUUCAGUACUGCCCCUCAGGCCCUAAGAGAGUGAGUUAAUCCCUCAGUACUACUCAUCCAGCAGUGAGGCAUUCCCUCAGUAUAGCCCCUCGGGACUUAAGAUAGCGAGGUGAAGUCUCAGUUCUUUCCCUCAGGCCCAAGACAGUGAGGUAGGUGUUCCCUUGCUACUGGCUAUCAGGCACUAAGACAGUGAGGCAUUCCCUCAGUAUUGUCCCUCAACCCUAAGAUAGUGAGGCAUUUCCAGAGUACUAUCAGUCAGAUCUGCCAUUGCAGUAUUCCCUCAGUACUAUCCCUCUGCCCUCAGACUGAGGCAUUCCCUCAACACUGCCCCUCAAGGCCUAAGUGAGGUAUUACCUUAGUACUGUCCUUCAGGCCUAAGACAGUGAGGCAUUUUCUCAAUACUAUCUCUCAGGCUUUAAGACAGUGAGGUGUUCCCUCUACUAUCCCUCAGGACACAAAACAGUAUGGUGUUCCCUCAACACUGCCCAUCAGGUGUUACGACAAUGAUGUGUUCACUCAGUGCUGCUCCUCAGUCCCUGAGACAGUGACGCAUUCCCUCAGUACUAUUCCCUAGUAUAGGGGUACAGAGGCACAGUGGUAGGUUUAAUAUCCAACCCAAUUCAAAGAAAAAAUGUGUUAAGGUUUCUUGUAAUAAAUCUAAUUAGAGUCAUAGAGCACUACAGAACAGAAACAGGCCCCUCAGUCCAUCUGUGUGCCAGCCUGGUCUGCCUACUCCUAUCUGAUUGCACCUGAACCAUACCCCUCCAUGCCCUUCCUAUCAUGUACUUAUUCAAACUUACCUUAAAUGUUACAAUCUACCACUUCCGCUGCCAUCUCGUUCUACACUCACACCACCCUCUGUGUGAAGAAGUUCCCCGUUAAAUAUUCCACCUUUCAACCUAAAUCUGUGACCUCUAGUUCUAGUCUCACCCAACCUGAAGAAGAAAAUCCUGUUUGCAUUUACCCUAUCUGAUGGCCUCUGUUGGGAUCAACCGUGGAUGUUGCAUUCUAGCCGUCGAAGUUGAUAUGCAAGCCAGGACAGUAUGAUUAUGAUAUGGAGAGCAAGCUGUUGUCCUUGCAGCAGGCACCCCCCACCCCCAUGCAGUUGAUGAAUCCAAAGGAACGGCACAGACUCCUACAUGAGUUGCCAACCACGGCUGAUGAGCCACGUCUGCCCAAAGUGAAUCAAAUAACCUUUGAUACCAAGUCUGCUCCUGGUCUUCACAUGUGGCUUAGCUACGAAGACCACUGGAACUGUUUCUACGGAAAGGAAAGUGGCAAUGGCGGAUACUGGCACCUUAAAACCACUCAUUUCAUGCAGAUGGGCUCAUUAGUAGUGUAUGACAGCUUAUUCAGGAGAAGGAAAGCUCUGAUCUCAAACCUUCACUGCUUUGUGGCCAUACCCCCUCAUAGGGAAGGCCUUGGGUGUAAACCCUGAGGAAAAAUCCAGAGCUGGAGUCCCUAAGGCAGUCCUACAUUGAGUUCAACGCUGAUUGGAAAGUCUAGCAAUCUGCUGGUGCCAAACUGUAUUGGUCUCUGCUGUUCCUUUAGAUUCAUCAGCUGUGUGGAGAGGGGGAUCUUGCUGCACGGCAACAGCUUGCUUCCAUAUUGUAUUGACCUGUCUUGCAUAUCACAUAGACAGCUGGAACACAAUAUCUGUGGUCGACCCUGACCAAUGGAGGGCCCCCUAUUCCAUCCUGUUACACCGAUAAACAGAGCAGUGCUUACAUUUUCCUGUGGCUAGUAUUUAGCACUUAAUGACCAUCAGUAAAAUAGAUUAUCUGGCAAUGAUCACUUCACUGGUGGUGGGAUCUUGAUAUCUGCUGAUCAAUUUCCAUAUAUGCUACACCACAACAGUAACUACUUCAGAAGCUUUAUUAAGCCCUUUAGGGUGCCCUAAGGCUCUGAGAGGUUUUUUUUUUAAUUAAGCGCAAUCGUGAACAAUAGCCAGGUCAGAAAUGCUGAUCAAGUCAACUAGUUCUCAAGGAGAACUCUGAUAGGCCAAUCAGAUGGUUCACUUCUGCUCAGCGAUAGAACAUAAAAAAAAUCAUGUAUACAAUUAAGAAAUAUUAAAGAAUAGUAGAAAUACUGGAGUCAUGAUCAUGAUGAGGUCUGCUGGAGAGAGACCAUAGUACUCACUGUAUCCUUUAUAUCCAGUCUGUUUAACAUUUGCUGCAUAGUCAAUCUUCCUUUGGUCAACACACAAAAUAUGUUGGAGGAACUCAGCAGAUCAGGCAGCAUCUAUGGAGAGGUUUUGGGCCAAGACUCAGAUGGCGGUCCUGGUGAAGGGUCUCAGCCCGAAAUGCCAACUGUUUAUUUCCCUCUACAGAUGCUGCCUGAUCUGCUGAGUUCCUCCAGCAUUUUGUAUGUGUUGCUGUAGAAAUCCAGCAUCUGCAGAAUCUCUUGUGUUUAUGAUUCCUUUGAUCACUCGGUGCCCUUCACACUGGCCAAGAAUUGAGCGGACCAAAAGGUGAGGCGCUGAAGGCUUUGGGAAGGGACUGAUGGACUGAUUCCUUGGGAUGAAGAUCCUGGAACUGGGUGCCACAGUCUUAGGGUAAGAGACUUGCCCAUUUAUAGUGGAGAUGAGAUAUUUGUUCCACAAACAAGAGAAAAUCUGCAGAUGCUGGAAAUCAAAGCACUACACACAAAAUGUAGGAGGGUCUCAGCAGGCCAGGCAGCAUCUAUGAAAAAGAGUAAACAGUCGACGUUUUGGACCAAGAGCCUUCAUCAGGAUCUUCGGCCUGUUGAGGAUUUAUGGAAUUCUCUGCCUACAGAGUUGUGAAGUCCAGUCACAGUGACUCAUUGAUAGAUUCCUAGCUGUCAAUGUGAGUGCAUGGGGAAAAUGAAUGAGAAUGGUCUUGGCUCCAAACAUUGACCAUUCAUUCCUCUCUAUAGAUAUUGCCUGACCUGAAUGUUGUUUCUUCAACAUUUUAUAUGUGUUAUUCCGGAUUUCCAGCAUCUCUGUGUUUAUAUUGAGGAUUUGGGAUUGGCCAUCAUCUAAUUGACAGCUGACACGAGGGGUCAACUUCUUCUGAUGCAUCAAUGAGAUGCUACGGGGAUGGAGGUGGAGGGGCAGCAUCCUACCUUUGCUCACUUGCAUUGAAUUUUGGUCAUCUGAGGUAUGGAGGGGGACCCGUCAGGUUAAGCACGUGGGACUGAAGACUCCCCCUCAUAACAACCCCUGAUUAGGGUUAUUAACUGGAAGGCUCAGCGACUGGUUUCUGGGAUGUUCUGUUUCUCUUGUGUAUGUAGUUUGUUGAAACUGUGGAAAGUGCAAAGUUACGAAGGUGGUAGAAGAAGGCGUAAAAUACCCCAGAGAUUAGUUGGGGGAGGGCAUAGUUAGAAAGUGAGAUUGGUGAAGGUCUGUAGUUGUUUUGAGAGAGGUUUUGUAUUGAAUUUAUUAAUAUCAGCCCCUGUACAGACUAUUAUAAUUUAGUGGUAAAAUUCCAUUUAAAGGACCAAUUAACUUUAAUGUAGAGUGGCUCUACAAUUACUGUUCUAUACUGAUAUCUCCUGGUUUUGAUGUAUUUGUAUAAUGUGGCUAUUUGAUAAUUUUCACUGCUCUAUUUUCUUCCUGUACGUGUUCAAAUGCUGUAGUUUUUUUUUACAAUAAAAUUUUUGAA